AUGAACCGUUCCGCUUCCCUUGGUAUCGCGUCCAAUACCAUCGCUCCUCCGAACGCGUCGGAAGAAGACCGUAUAGGUAUACAUCCUGAGGACCGCUGGGACCUACCAUUUCUUCCCCCGCUCGCCACGUUCGAGGGCGCGCAGGAUAUCUCGGAGGGUCGCUUUGACAGUGUGUUUGGUGUUGAAGUAGAUUCCCUACGCAGUUUAAUCCCUCUCCCUUCGGCCUCCCCUGCCAUCACCACCCCCACAUCUUUUCCAUCCAACAUGGACCACCGGAAAAUGCGGGAGCUUCUCGACGAACCCAUUCCCGUCCACAUGUCUUCAUGCCCCAGUCCCUCUAACCUCUCGCCGUCGUCGUCGGCAUCAUCAGGCUCUCCAGAGUCUCGGUUGUCAUCUUCCGAGGAAUUCUAUCCCGCCCCCGGCUACUCUUUCAGCUAUGAUCCUACCCUUGGCGACAGCACCUAUGCUCCGCUUCACUCCUUCUCGGUACUUACUAUGCAGCCAGGGUGGACUAUUGGCGCUGACAUCUCUGGCUAUGACCACCCUUCGUUCACCGAACCGACCGUCAACCCGAAGCUGGUGGUGGUGUCCCCUCCCAUCGAAAACUCUGACGACUCCACGGAGGAAGAGGAUGAGGACGAGGACGAGGACGAGGAAAUGCAUGUGCCUGCUUCAGCUCUGAUUAAAAAGAAACCGACCAAGAAGCCCACGCCACUCAGCCCGACCAAGACGAAAAGGACAAACAACACAACCAAGGGGAGGGCCAACACGAUGACCAAGGUGAAAGCGGCGGCCAAGAAGGCACAUAAGAAGAACUCCCGUGGCGUGUGGCGCCCUCCGCCUAGCCUCCCAAAAUGCUGCGCCAAGUGCAAAACGCUUGACGGCACUAAAAUUUUGGUGCCCGAUAACAGCUUGCAGAAAGAGCCGCCAAAACGCGCCGGAUAUCGAGGCAGCCUUCUACCGAGAUCAGUCGCUUUGUCGUCAUCUCGAAAAUGUGCAUGGCUUGGAGCAUGAUCUAGAAUAUGUGCAAAGCCUCGGGACAAUAGACUGAUCCGAUGCAGCCCUUGUGUCACUUUCAUCUACCCGCUCUCCGUCAGCGGCACCGUCCAUCAUGUCGCGGCUCGUCUCCUUGUUACUUGUUUUCCUUCCUCACACCUCAUCGGUAUCCUCCUCUUCACGAAUGCCCUGUUCUCUCACCCGUAUCUAUGAUCUCUCCUUGCGCGCUUGUUUCUCAGAAUCUCACCACCCGUUCAACAUAUCUUGCGCUAUCAUUAUCUAUCCUCGAUUCUCGCUUUCAUAUUGUUUUGUUCAUAUGUCAGGACGAAUCUGCAGUUUUACCAUACCGACGCUAUCC